AUGUCUGAAUCCGGUGGGGAACAGAACAAAGCAGACAAAAAGAGGCAAGUUUUUAGAGAGUACAAUAGAAAUGCUCAACGUGUAUUUCGGCAAAGACGGAAGGAGCACCUAACAAAGCUCGAAGCAGCCCAAAAAGAGGCAAGCAAUCUACAGGGCGAGGAACUUGACCGGCUUCGUCGCGAAAAUGUCGCUCUCGCUCAGGAAAACGAAUCUUUACGGGCUGCUUAUGGCUCCUCCGCGAGUUCGCCAGGGCCGUCUAUCAGUUCGGGUGAGGUCAAAGGUUCACCCUCAGCAUACUUACCGUAUGGCCCUCCAUCUGCUUCCUUGGAGGCCGCAACAGCAGCAGCAGCAAUGAGCUCUGCCACACAAGUCGGACUAAUACCAGGUGUGCCGGAUCCCAGCAGCCUCGUGGUGGUUGUGCCCAACAAUAUACGCGAAAUACGUCGCAGCUUGCAUCAACUCUUCUCAUCCAUCAUCGACAUUCCCAUAAUAUCGGAUCCACAGGCGCACCUGACUGCACUUGUGAGUCUAGCUCCUAGUCUGCCGUAUGCCCUGAAACCUACUCAGCUCCAAUUAACAACACCACAUCACGCAUAUAUUGACCUGAUACCGUCACCGUCGCUGCGAGAUCGCUUGAUCGCCAUUGGUCCAGCGAAUUGCAACACUUUCUUGAUGGAGGUCUGCACGAUCGCUUGUGAGAUUGAAGAUAAUGGUCAAAUGACGGUAUGGGGUGAAGAUUGGCUGAACGAAUUCUCGUGGGAAUUUUCGGCGGCAGUUCUCGAGCGGUGGGGUGGUUGGCUGCUCACUAAUGAAUGGGGCCAACGAGCAAACUUCUGGCGCCGGCAAAGGGGUCAUCCAACUCUUCCUGGGUACGACUGA